GAAUAUCUGUGUAGCCUUCUCUUCACUUGCAAUUAUAUCUAGAUAAUAUAUUCGUAUAUAUUUACCUUGAGAUGGGAUUACAUGGGAAAUUGGUUGCAGCAAUAGAAUUCAAAGCCGGUGGAGAUGUAUUCCACGAACUUUUAAGGCACAAACCACAUCAGAUUUCCACAAUUACCCCUGAAUUAAUAAAAGGAUGUGAUCUUCAUGAGGGUGAAUUUGGUCAUGUUGGUUCUAUCAUUUGCUGGGAUUAUAUCCUUGAUGGAAAAGUGAAGAAAGCAAAACAAGUGAUCCAGUUAAUUGAUGAAGAGAAAAAACUGAUCCAAUUUAAGGUGAUUGAAGGGGACUUGUUGGAGCUUUACAAAGAUUUCGUUAUGACAAGUCACAUAGAGACAAAGGAUGGCAUUGAUUUGGUGACAAGCACAUUCGAAUACGAGAUGGUAAAUGAGGAUGUGGAGCAUCCCUUUUCAACUCUCUCAUUGGUCGUUGACGUCAUCAAAGCUGUUGAAACUCACCACCUUGCCCAACCUUGAAUCAUUUCCAACUCUACAAAGAAGAUGUCAUAUUUUAAGGUGUGCUGGUUUGCUUGUCCAUCGUUGACUCAAUAAGAGUGUUUCUAUCCAGUGUGUUUGAUUGUGUGUGUGAGAAACCCACUUUGUUGUGUAUAUUUAAAAUUUCAAGCUAUUGUAUUUGUGGCACUUCGCUUUUCUGAUACAAUGUGAGUGGAGUUUGCACGAUCUACCAUGUGCGAUGCA